CAAGGCUUCUUGAGUUACGCUGUACACAAAAAAAAAGCGGACGCACACAUUCGACCCGCUACUGCCCUGACAGAAAAAGGCUACGCUAACCAUUUUCGAACAUGUACGACCUUCCUUUCCGCAACCGAUACUCAAAAACCAAAUAUCAUUAAAAUCCAUACACAGCUUCUCGAGUUAUAUGCUGUUGACCUAUGUAUAGGGGCACAACAUGAGGCCUUAAAAAAUUAACUGAAAGUAUAAUCUACUUGGCGAAGGUAAUGAAAUAACAUUGACGUGGUAAUUGCUGUCAUAAUUGGGAGCAUACUUGGUCUUUGAUUCAACAUCUAAAUGCUCUUAUUUCCUUGGGAUUCGUUUGAUUUGUUUGAACACUUGUUUAUCCUUGAAAGCUCAAAUCGGCCUGAAAGCCGCUUUUCAUUGAUGUCAUGAGGGAAUGAUGAAUGAUUCUUCCUCUUUAUAACAAGCUUCAUCUUGAUAUUUAGACACACAGGCAUUGCCGAACCUACGCGUCUUUUAUGAAGGUAAUGACAAAUUACGCCCAAUCUUAACUCCCACACACGUUAUCUAGUGUAUCUUCUGUGUCACAAAAUGUUGAUUUUGUUCGGAUCCCUUCGAUGUCUUGACUCCUGAGAGCCCCGUCAAUGACACCUGUGAACGCCCCCAGUCCCCCGUCAUCAUAUCCAUAAUCACUUGUUAAAUGUCAGCAACCAUGUACUGACGUCAGCAAUAAGACCUGUCAAUCAUCUAUAUUAUGAUACACCGUUUCCUAUUCUCCACAACGGAGGGCGUGCUAUAACAGGUACGAAUAAAAGCCCCGGGCAACCAAACGGCAGUACCACACGCUUGUCGCCGCGGGACGAACCCAUCUGAAGCGUUGAGAUGGCAUCACGUCUGGCCCUCGCUCUCCUCCUCGGACUCGUCAUCGGCAUCGCCGCCUUUCCCGGAGAGGCACAAGAAACUGUCCCCGGAACCUCCGGACAACUGGGAACAACAAGUGACAAGCCUCCCUCUGUCGGUCUGGAGGGAAACAUCGAGCUGAGCAAGCGCACUUGGACCCUUCCAGAAGCACGAAAAUGCCGUAACCAGUACUGCUGCAUGCGGCGAUGCGCGGGGGAUUUCUACCCCUUCAUCAUCGGCAUCUACCACCGCAAGGGCGGCGGCCGCGGGAACCACCGGGGAUGCUGGUGCUAUCGUCUGCCGUUCUAGGCCGUCCUGCAGCCGCCUGGACAACAGAGGGCUUGCUGCAGCGAACCGGAGGAUAUAGCCGCUAUUAAAAAGAAGCAUUAUAGAAUAAUAUGAAAACAAGAGGAGAAUGAAGAUACUGGAAACCUUUAACAAAACAGAUCAUAUUCAUGAUCUAUCGGAUCUGAAGUAAAGUUUCCCUUGUUUGUUAUGCUUCCUCUAUGAGGAACAGGUGAACAGGAACAAGCCUAAUAAAGCCAUACUUGAUACACA